AGAGAGAUGCUCCGUGAAGGCUCCCGGAGGGGACUGAAGGGGGGUACCCUCCCCCUUGGAACCUGCCUCCGUCGUCCAGAGGAGACCCCCAAGCCUGUCGCCAGGGCCCCCCCUGGCCAUGUGCUGAAAGAUGUCCCUCUCCAGGCUGAACAGUUUCACCAAUGGCUUCCUGGAAGACCCCUCCCGGAUGGAGGCGGCCAAUGGGCCGGACAUGGCCCAGGUUCUCAAGUGCUUGGAGAUGGGCACCAUCCUGACCUUGUUCUACCAGAAGAAGUCCCAGAGGCCCGAACGGAGGAGCUUCCAAGUCCGGCUGAAGAGCCGUCAGAUCAUCUGGAGCCGAACCCCUGAGAAAGUGGAGGGGGACGACAAUCCGUCAUUUGGGCCGAUCCCACCGUGUGGGCAGGAAAGGGCAUGGCUGUGCCAGCGUCUCGCAACAGCAGAAAUAUCUUCCGUGGACAUCAGGGAAAUUAAACAGAUCCGGCCUGGGAAAAAUUCCAGGGAUUUUGAACGUUACCCGGAAGAAGCCCGGAAGCUGGACUCAGCGUUAUGUUUUGUUAUCCUGUACGGAAUGGACUUCCGGUUGAAGACACUGAGUGUUGCUGCUUUUUGCGAGGAUGACGUGACCCUCUGGGUGGCCGGGUUGAACUGGCUGGUGACAGAUACGCAGCGGUCACCGACGCCUCUGCAGAUUGAAAGGUGGCUGAGGAAGCAGUUCGACUCAAUGGACAGAUCUAGAGAAGGCAGCAUCAGCCCCAAAGAUCUGAAGGCCAUGUUACCUCAGGUCAACUACCGAGUGCCGAAUAUGCGUUUCCUUCGAGAUAAACUUGUGGAGCUGGAGGUUCGUGGCGAUAUCACCUUCAGCCAUUUUACACACUUCUACAAAAACCUGAUGUUCGAUGCGCAGAAAUCGAUCAUCGAACAACUGGAAUUAUCCUUCCCUUUGCGUAACAUGGAUCGGCCGGAACUCUGCCAAAUCACCUUAUACGACUUCCAGAAAUUCUUACAAUACGAUCAAAAGGAAGCCUGGGCGAGUGACAUCGCCAAGGUACGCAGGAUGAUGUGCAGCUACCUGCAGGAUCGUUUUGCUGACAUGGCGGAGCCUGUCUUCCAGCUGGAUGAAUUCCUGACCUUCUUGUUCUCCAAAGAAAACAUGUUGAUGGAUUCCAAGGGUGACCAAGUGGUCCCUGAAGAAAUGAACUUCCCCUUGUCGCAGUACUGGAUCUCCUCUUCUCAUAACACGUAUCUCACAGGGGAUCAGUUCUCCAGCGAGUCUUCCCUGGAGGCCUAUGCCCGCUGCCUUCGGAUGGGCUGCCGAUGCAUUGAACUGGAUUGCUGGGAUGGCCCUGAUGACCUGCCCAUCAUCUACCACGGCCACACGCUGACCUCCAAAAUCAAGUUCCUGGAUGUCUUGCACACCAUCAAAGAGCACGCCUUCACCACCUCUGAGUAUCCCGUUAUCCUUUCCAUCGAGGAUCACUGCAGCAUCGUCCAGCAGAGGAACAUGGCGUCCCACUUCAAGAAGGUCUUUGGCGACAUGUUGCUUACCAAACCCAUUGACGUCAAUGCCGACCAACUUCCUUCUCCUGCCCAGCUCAAGAAAAAAAUCCUGAUCAAGCACAAGAAGCUGGUGGAAGGCAACCUCUAUGAAGAAGUCUCCACGGCCAGCUACUCGGAGAAUGACAUCAGCAACUCCAUCAAGAACGGCAUUCUGUACCUGGAAGAUCCCAUUGACCAUACCUGGAGCCCCCACUACUUCGUCCUGACAAGCAACAAGAUCUACUACUCGGAGGAGACCUCCCACUAUCAGUCCCAUGGAGAAGAGGAGGAGGAGGCAGAACAGAAGGAGGAGUUUAACAACAACGAGCUGCACUUUAGUGAGAAAUGGUUCCAUGGCAAAUUGGGCGGGGGCCGCGACGGGCGUCAGAUUGCCGAACGGCUGCUCCACGAGUACUGCACCGAAACCGGGGGCAAAGAUGGCACUUUCCUCGUCCGCGAGAGCGAGACGUUUGUGGGCGACUACACCCUCUCUUUCUGGCGUUCCGGGCGGGUCCAGCAUUGCCGCAUCCACUCCCGGCAAGAAGCCGGCACCACCAAGUUCUACCUGACCGACAACCUGGUUUUUGACAGCCUCUACAGCCUCAUCUGCCAUUACCGCGAGGUGCCGCUGCGCUGUAACGAGUUCGAGAUGCGCCUGACGGACCCCGUGCCGCAGCCCAAUGCCCAUGAGAGCAAGGAGUGGUACCACCCGAACCUGACCCGUCUGCAGGCUGAGCACAUGCUGAUGCGGGUGCCCAGGGACGGCGCCUUCCUGGUGCGCAAGAGAAGCGAGGCCGACUCCUACGCCAUCUCCUUCCGGGCCGAGGGGAAGAUCAAGCAUUGCCGAGUCCAGCAGGAAGGGCGGCUUUUCACGCUGGGCAGCUCGGCGGAGUUCGAGAGUCUCCUCGACCUGGUCAGCUACUACGAGAAGCACCCGCUCUACCGCAAGAUGAAGCUGCGGUACCCCAUCAACGAGGAGACUUUGGAGAGGAUGGGCACGGCGGAGCUGGAUUAUGGGGCGCUGUAUGAGGUGAGGAGCCCUCACUUUUAUGUGGAAGCCAACAAGAUGCCCGUGGCCAAGUGUACCGUAAAGGCCUUGUAUGACUACAAAGCCCAGCGAGAAGACGAGCUCUCCUUCUGCAAACAAGCCAUCAUCCACAACGUUGACCAGCAGGAUGGGGGAUGGUGGCGAGGAGAUUAUGGCGGGAAGAAGCAGCUGUGGUUCCCUGCUAACUACGUGGAGGAGACCUUGAGUACCUCCGCGCCGGAGCAGGACGAAGCGUCGGUGGAGAACAGCCCUUUGGGGAACUUCCUGAAAGGCUUCAUCGACGUCCCGUCGUGCCACGUGGUUAUCUCGAAAGACGCCAGGAGCCCCAAACCCUUUGUCUUCACCAUCCAUUCUCAGCAGAUGACCCACCCAUCCCAGUCGCUGGAUGUCGCCACGGAUACUCUGGAGGAGUUGAACGACUGGGUGGCCAAGAUCAGAGAGGUCACGCAGAACGCAGACGCUAGGAUGCAGGAAGGGAAGAUCAUGGAGCGGAGGAAGAAGAUUGCCCUGGAACUCUCAGAGCUGGUCGUGUAUUGCCGUCCAGUGCCCUUCGAUGAGGAGAAGAUCGGCACAGAGAAAGCCUGUUACCGGGACAUGUCUUCCUUCCCGGAAACCAAGGCGGAGAAAUACGCCAACCGCAGCAAGGGGAAAAAAUUCCUGCAGUACAACCGCCGACAGCUCAGCCGCGUCUACCCCAAGGGCCAGCGCCUCGACUCCUCCAACUAUGACCCCUUGCCCAUGUGGAUCUGUGGCAGCCAGUUAGUGGCCCUCAACUUCCAGACGCCCGACAAACCGAUGCAGCUGAACCAGUCGCUCUUCAUGCUGGGCGGGCGCAGCGGCUACGUCCUGCAGCCGGAAAUGAUGCGGGACGACGUCUUCGACCCUUUCGACAAGAGCAGCCUGAAGCACGUGGAACCCAUCACUGUCCAGUUGCAGAUCUUGGGGGCCCGGCACCUGCCCAAAAAUGGCCGCAGCAUCGUUUGCCCGUUUGUGGAGGUGGAGGUGUGCGGCUCGGAGUUCGACAACAGCAAAAACAAGACGGAUGUCGUAGCCGACAACGGCCUCACCCCCCUCUGGCUGCUCAAGCAAUUCAUCUUCGACAUCAACAACCCCCAGUUUGCUUUUCUCCGCUUCGUGGUUUACGAGGAAGACAUGUUCAGUGACCCCAACUUCUUGGCCCAGGCCACCUUCCCCGUCAAGAGCCUCAAAACAGGCUACCGGUCGGUGCCGCUGAAGAACAGUUACAGCGAGGAUCUCGAGCUGGCUUCUCUUCUGCUCCACAUUGAAAUCAUCAACGCCAAGGAAGAAGACGACGAGAACUUGUAUUCUUCCAUCCAGCAACUCCGGGACCGGGCGAACGAGCUCUCCAACCAGGUAUCCAACCUGGAACACAGCAACAAUUGCGACGCGCGUUACCAGCAACGGCUGGAUGAGCUGCGGUUGGCACAGGAGCAACUCAUGGAGCUGACCGAAGCACGCAACAGGAAGUUGAUGGAGAAGAAGAAGCGAGACCGGCAGUUGGCCAACAAGCGUAAUUGAACGGCACCCGACUUCCCUGGUCUGCCGCUGCGUCUCUUCUCCAGCCUUCCAAGAGAAUCCUUCAGGCCCACCAGAUGCUGCCGGCUUCCUGGGGCCGCAGGGACAAAGCCCCCUUAGCUGGAAUUCCCCCUCGGGCAUAGAAAGCAGGAAUCCUGGCCUACCAUUUUCUCAUGAAACAGGCCGGCUCAACCCUUCCUGCGUCGGAAAAAUGCCGGUCUCGCCGUCAUUCUCUUCUUCCACAUGUUUCAUCGGGGCUGUGUCUUAAUCCAUGGGGUUUUGUUUUGUUUUUUGUUCCUCUUCCUGGUGGAUCGGGAAGAGGAGCCUUUAUUAUGUUUUUUUUAAUUAUUAUUAAUUAUUAUUCUUUUUUUUGUUGUUGUUGUUGGCUUUGGUGCAACUAAGGCAGUUAGCAAAGUGCCUCUAAUCUAACUUUCCCCAGAGAAUGUGGGUUUUGCACAGUAGAAACUCGGUGGGGCCAGGUGAGAAGGGGCAGAGAUGUGGAGGGAGGGGCAGAGGGAUAUGAGGGAAUCUCAGAGGAUUGGCCUGCGAGAUCCUAAAGGAUCCGUGCCACAUUCAGCUCUUGAGGCUCAAGUCUUGGACACGAGCAAGAGAGGCUGAGAUCAGUUUCCCAGUGGCGUUGUGUUCUGCUCUGCAGCUGGUCUUCCCAUCCUAAAUUCCAAAUUGUGCCAGAGGCAAAGUCCCACACGCCUUUCUCCGCAGACCAUCGUGGCAGCCUUGGGUAUAUUUAUUUAUUUAUUGCGGGUUAUGGAAGAAAACAAAUCUCCCCUUCCCCACCAAUAACCAUCCCGGAAGUCUGUGGAGGCCGAUUCGGAAAAAUGUCAUUUGCAGAAAGAAAUAUUUUCAUUUUUGCUAUUCCUUGUGGCCUCCUUUCCCUUGGGAACGCCCUUUCUUCUUCCUUGAUGCGGGCGAUCUAAGGUAGGCAGGCAUUAUUUGGAAGCCAAGUCAGGGUCACCUUGGAAAAGACGAAGCCGCCGCAGAGACGUGGCAUCUGAAGGGCAAAGCACGAUCCAGGCGCAACAGAUAACGCAUCGUCCUUCCCCCAAAGCGGCCUCUCCAGAUUCCUUUUUGGGAUCCCCCCCCCCCAAAAAAAAAAGGUGCUUGUCUUUUGGCUGAACUGCUUCCAGCUUUCGGCUCUUCUUUAAAAGGCAUAAUCUUUAUUUUUCUCUAGCUGUAAUCUGCAUUUGGUCUUAAAGCUGGCUGUUGAAUGGGAGGGGUUGCGGGCACGUCGGGGGUCCCAGGCAAUUCAGAAGGGGAGAGAGAGAGGGAGGGAGGGAGAGAGGGAUAGAAAGGUUCUCGUCAUGUUUUUCCCUAUCCUCCACCUGGCCUGGAGCGAUGGGUUGAGGAUGUGCCUCAAUUGUCGUAGUGCUGAUGGUUAGAAGGUGAUUGGCUGGGGUGGGGGGGUAACACCCUGUGCUUUUGUGGAAAGAAUACUUGGAUCAGGCGUGAUCAGCUUUCCAGCAAGUCUGUUCUGUCUCCUUCCCCACUUCAGAUCCAUGAGCUGGCCUUCAGCCAGUGGAUUCACAGCUCUUAUCAGUCCUGGCAGAGAAAUUGCAGCUGCCUGCCAAAGCUCAAACAAAUGACUCACGUAGCAAGACUCUCAGCUCUUUUUGAAACGGUUCAGCUAAACUUUUGCUUCCCGUGGAGUGAGAGCAGUCCCAAAGCUCCUUAUAUAUCCUGUGGAGCCCCACCCUCCCUUUUGAUGAUGCCGCCUCUCUAAUCUUCUGAAGCAUGGGUCAAGCUGAGCUUGAUGAUUAUUAUUAUCAGCUGGGUCUGAAGGCGAAGCCUGGGGAAGGGAGGAAUCAGGGGAUGAUGGCCUCAUUACAUCCUCCGACUGGUCUGGUUCUGGCUCCUGGAGCCGAGCCAAAGGAAUCGGUGCUCCCGAGGUAAGCCUUACCGGCCCUUCCCCCUCACUCUCGGAAUCACUUUCGGGCAUAGGGCCAGGUUCGGGGGCUGGAGUCACAACAAGUCCAAUUAAAACAGCAGUUCCAUUUUGAGACUUAAAAGGGGCGUAUAAUUUAGUCGGCGGGGUCCGGGUGCUCUCUGAGCUUAGAUGUUUCCUUGCAGACAUUUCGUGACCAAACUAGGUAAUAUCAUCAGUGCUAGGAGGGAGGGAGGGAGGAUUGCUCUCAUUUUAUAUAACAGGGAAAGCCUCUUGUAUUUAAAUAGAGAGCAAACCACUUAAGGAAUUCACAGCCCUCCUCCUUCUCCCCUCCACCAAUCCAGCUCCCUUGUAGCACUGAUGAUGUUAUCUAGUUGGGACAUGAAACGUCUGCAAGAAAACAACCAAGCUCAGAGAGCACCAAGGACCCUUCAUUUCAACCUUGAGCUACAAAGAUUCUCCUCUGUCGCUAUUUUAGCCUCUUUUUAAGAAUUUUCUGCAUGCACUAAGGCAGGAGUUUCCAACCUUGACAAUUUUUAAGACUCAGGGAUUUCAACACCCAGAAUUCCUUAGUUCCAUGGUUGGCUAGGGAAUUCUGGGAGUUGAAGUCCACGGGUUUUAAAGUUGCCAAGGGUUGGAUACCCUGGCUCUAAGGACAGUAGGUAAGUGUCACCCACUUAGGGAGAGGAUAGGAGUGCUGCGGUGGCCUAGAGUUAGAGCUCUCGCCUCACCAUCAGGAGGCUGUGAGUUUGAUCCUAGGUAGAGGCCAAUAUUUCUCUCUCUGGGCACGAUAUAUCAGCUGAACAAAACUCUGCAUUGGCAACAGGAAGGGCAUCCGGCCAGUAAAAACUCCGCUAGCGCCAUUCAUUUGCCCAGAUCCCACCCCGCAAGGGAUUAUGGGGUAGUUAAAAGAUGAUGACAGGGAAAGGAUAAAGAAGAAGGCCAGAUAAUUUCAAGAAGCCUUUUUUGACCGAAUUUGGGACGCAUUUGGUUAAAUUUGCCUCGCAAUGGGACCGUCGCUCAAGGGACAUCUUGGAGAAAUGCACUAGAGGGUGAAGUGGGUUUUAGAGCAGGAAAUAACUUGAAACAGGAGCGUUUAUGUAUCAGAGCUGGGGUCUCCAACCUUGGCAACUUUAAGCCUGGCGGACUUCAACUCCCAGAAUUCUCCCAGAAGCAAAGCUGGCUGGAGGAUUCUGGGAGUUGAAGUCCGCCAGGCUUAAAGUUGCCAAGGUUGGAGACCCCUGUCUUAGAGGACUAUGCAACGAAAGGAGAAUUCAUGACAAUAACAGACUCAAAAGACAGGAGUCCAAUCUGCCACCUGUUUCUCAAAAGGUGCCAGGAAGACUACAAAGGAGGAACGGUUGUCACCAGGUAGUUCAUCCAACAUAACAAGCCAGCUGAGAGUUGUAGUUAGCACUUAAAAAAAAAUAUUCUGCAGCAAGAAUAUCGAAAACCUGUAAGAGACGUGUCAGAAACGGGGAGAAAAAAAAUGCAACUUGCAAAGGAAGUCCCAUCUCCAACUGGGUGUUUUUUUGAUGAAUCUCGGAUGGAGUUGCUAGGAAAGCCAGAACAGGGUUCAAAACCCUGUUAGAGAACUUGGCACAAUUCAGGACUUAAAAGUGCAAGAAAAUACAGCAAGUAUUUGCUGGUCCAUUUUGCAGGAAAGUAGACCUGUUGCUUAGGAGAAGGCGGUCCUUAAAAUUCUCAAAAGUUUGAGAACUUCCCUGCAAAGUUUGGUUCUUACAAAGCUGUCAGGGUUGUUUUUUGUUUUUGUUUUUUUGCUAUCCUUGGACUUCCCUCUUCGACUACUAACCCUGGAUGGGGAGGAAGCAACUGGUUGCACACCUGUUAGUAGUGAACCGGUGCCAUUUAAGUGAGCUCCUUAAUUCUUAAUUUUAAAAUUAAUUCUCUGCUUUUAAAAUGCAGUCAACCGUGGAUUUAAAAAAAUUAGCCGGCUUGAAAGCGAGAUAUAAAUCAAUUGCCCCUUCUGGUGACUUUUGCAAGAACGGCGAGUUCAAAUUGUGACUUUCAGUCUGCGGGGGGCGGGGGGGGUCCCCAUGUGCUUCGUUUCCAUGAAUAAUAAUUUAAUAAGAGAAUAAUUAACCCGUGGAACAGAAGUUGCCUUCAGAAAUCGUGGGUGCCUCCAUCACUGGAGGUUUUUAAGAAGAGACUGGACAGUCACUUGUCUGAGAUGGCAUAAGUUCUCCUGCUUGAGUGGGGGGGGGGGAAAGGGGGGG